AUGAGCCAAUCGAGGCUAAACAGGACUCAAUCUUCGUCACUCAGAUCAUCUCCCACGAUUCGAUCGUCGAUUCACAGUCUCCGUGACUUAGACGAAAUCUCUCACCAGGAUCUUGAAGCCGGUGAGAAAGAGGAGAAACAGAGGAGGAGCAAACAGAGUAAUUCACUCGGUUCAAUUAAUCGUACCGGUUUAAUCCGAUUCAAACCGGGUCUCACCUUCACACUCGCUUCUCUCAUACUCUUACUCUUCUUCGUCUUCUCCUCUCAAACCGGAGAGAUUCUCACGUCGGAGAAUCUUCUACUCUGUUUAAUCUUCGUCGCCGUCGCUCUGUUCCUCGCGUCAAGAAACAUACCGGUUAUCAACCAAACCGUAAUCGCAAUCAAAAAGCUAAAUUUCCGAACCAAACACAAACCGAAACCGGUUCAGUGGUACAUAGGCGAUUCAAAUCAAGAACCGGUCAAAACCCAAGAAGGAAAGACACUGUUCGUCGUCCAGUUCUUCAGCAAUGGAGAUUUCUACGAAGGUGAGUUAAACAGAGGAGGAAGAAGCCAUGGAAGUGGAGUUUACUACUAUUACGCAAACGGAAGAUACGAAGGAGAUUGGAUCAAUGGAAGAUACGACGGCUAUGGAAUCGAGUCUUGGUCUAAAGGAAGUAAGUAUAAAGGACAGUACAAGCAAGGACUUAGACAUGGGUACGGUGUUUACUUGUUUUACACCGGAGAUUCUUACUCCGGUGAAUGGUUUAACGGUCAAAGUCAUGGCUUUGGUGUUCAGACAUGUUCUGAUGGAAGCUCUUAUGUAGGAGAAUUCAAGUUUGGUCUCAAACAUGGACUUGGUUCUUACCACUUCAGGAAUGGAGAUAGGUACGCAGGAGAGUAUUAUGGAGACAAGAUUCAUGGGUUUGGUGUUUACCAUUUCGCUAAUGGUCACUAUUACGAAGGAGCUUGGCAUGAAGGUCGUAAACAAGGCUAUGGCACGUAUGGAUUUAGAACUGGAGAUGCACAAUGCGGUGAAUGGGAUGAUGGUAAUAUAGUAAACCGGUUUCCUCCAGAAAUUGGUCCGGUUCGUAAAGCGGUUCAGAGUGCUCGAGAGAUGGCGAGAAAAGGGGUGAACCAGAGACGGGUCGAUGAGCAGGUAGUACGAGCUGUAGCUGCGGCUAAGAAAGCUGCGACAGCUGCUAGAGUUGCAGCUGUGAAAGCUGUUCAAAAUCAGAUAGAUGGUUAACAUUGUGACACUUGAAAACGACAAGUAAAGAUGACAUUAACAAACAUUUUUUUUUGAGGGGGAGGGGUCUUUUUAUAGCUCUGUUGAGCUUGAAAAUAUGAGAUCUUUACCAUGUAAGUUUUUCUUUUUU